AUUCCUCUUUUGCUUUUGUCAUUUCAAUUUGAUCGGAACACAAGACCUGUGUUCUGUUUCGGAUUAAAAAAAAAGACAAUCCGUAGAAGAUCCUAGGGAAGAUGUUAGAACAGCUUUUGAUAUUCACGAGAGGAGGACUAAUCCUAUGGACAUGCAAAGAGAUCGGAAACGCUCUCAAAGGCUCACCAAUCGACACUCUGAUCCGCUCCUGCCUCCUCGAGGAACGAUCCGGCGAAGUCUCCUUCAACUACGGCGCCUACACUCUCAAGUGGACGUUCCACAACGAUCUCGGACUCGUCUUCGUCGCUGUCUACCAGAAGAUCCUCCAGCUUCUCUACGUAGACGACUUGCUCUCCAUGGUGAAGCAAAGCUUCUCCGAGAUAUACGAUCCUAAGCGUAUGAGGUACGAUGAUUUCGACGAGACGUUUAGGCAGCUUAGGGUUGAAGCUGAGGCUCGUGCCGAGGAGAUGAAGAGGACGAAGCAGGUGGUGAAGCCUUUGAAUGGUGUUAAGAAGCAAGGGCAGGUGUCGAAGGAGGAAACGAAGAAGAGCAAUGGUGAGAAGAAGGAUGAUGAAGGUAAAGUCAGUAGCGUGAGUAACGGGAAUCAUAAGAUGGAAGAUGAUGUUGCUAACGGGAAAGAGAACAGUGCUGAUAAUAAUAAUAAUAAUAAUAAUAGUGUUGGAGUUGAUGUAAGUAAGCUUGCGAAGCUGAGGAGUAAAGGUGUAAGAGGUAGAGGAGGUUUAAGGAAAGCUGACAGUAUAGGUAGUAAUAAAGGUUCUUCCAAGGUGGAGCCACCUAAGAAGGCGACUAAGAAGAAUAGGGUUUGGGAUGAUGCGGCGGCUGCUCCUAAGCAGGAGGAGAAGCUGGACUUCACGGAUGAACAUGGGGACAAUGGUCAUGUGGAUGUUGUGGCUGCUGCUGACCAAGGAGAAAGUAUGAUGGAUAAGGAAGAGGUUUUUAGUAGUGAUAGUGAGAGUGAAGAUGAUGAUGAACCGAUAAGUGAUGAGAAGCCAGAGGCUAAGAAGAAGGGAUGGUUUUCUUCUGUUUUCCAGAGUAUUACUGGGAAGGCGAAUCUUGAAAGGACAGACCUUGAACCGGCCUUGAAAGCUCUCAAGGAACGGCUCAUGACCAAGAAUGUGGCUGAGGAGAUAGCUGAGAAGCUUUGUGAGUCAGUGGAAGCAAGUCUUGAAGGAAAGAAGCUAGCAUCCUUCACGAGAAUCUCUUCAACCGUUCAGGGAGCAAUGGAGGAAGCUCUGAUUCGUAUAUUGACUCCGAGACGCUCCAUUGAUAUAAUGAGAGACGUUCAUGCUGCCAAGGAGCAGAGGAGGCCUUACGUGGUCGUGUUUGUUGGAGUCAACGGCGUUGGUAAAUCCACCAAUCUCGCCAAAGUGGCGUAUUGGCUUCAGCAGCAUAAGGUCAGUGUAAUGAUGGCUGCUUGUGACACGUUCCGUUCUGGAGCUGUUGAGCAGUUAAGGACUCAUGCUCGUAGGUUACAGAUACCGAUAUUUGAAAAGGGGUAUGAGAAGGAUCCAGCAGUAGUUGCUAAAGAAGCCAUACAAGAAGCAACUCGUAAUGGAUCAGAUGUUGUUCUUGUUGACACUGCUGGUCGGAUGCAGGAUAAUGAGCCUUUGAUGAGAGCUCUCUCGAAGCUCAUUAACCUUAACAAACCUGACUUGGUCUUGUUUGUUGGUGAAGCUCUUGUUGGAAACGAUGCAGUAGACCAGCUCUCAAAGUUUAAUCAGAAACUGUCGGAUCUCUCUACUUCCGGGAGCACAAGAUUGAUUGAUGGAAUCUUACUGACGAAGUUCGAUACCAUUGAUGACAAGGUUGGAGCAGCUUUGUCGAUGGUUUACAUAUCGGGAGCACCGGUUAUGUUCGUGGGUUGUGGCCAGUCUUACACUGAUCUGAAGAAGCUCAAUGUCAAAGCCAUAGUCAAGACACUUCUCAAAUGAUCUUCUCAUCAUCAUCAUUACUACCAUCAACCAACUAUCAUCAAUCAAUGUCUUAUCCAUCAUACUUUUAUCUGAGUUCUUGUUUUUGAUUUUUGAUUUGAAGACGAUUUAUCUUUGGCUGUGUUUUUUUUUUUAACUCAGAAUAGACCAUUUCGUUGGGGUCGCGACAAUCUCCAUACCAUGUUUUUUUUUAUAUAAUGUAACGUUUGUUUUUGUACUAAA